AUUCGAUUCUUGUAUUCGGAUUCUAUUUCAAAUGAAUCAGAUGUAGGGAGAACGGAAAUGAAGAGUGAAUACUUUUGGCGGUGUAUGCAAAACAUUUCUUUUGGCGAAAACAUUUUCCUCCAUUCCAUAACUUACUGCGGAUUUAAAAAGUUCUCUAUCUAUAACUGUAUUUCCUGUUGCUUUUGUUUGUUUAUCCAAAUUGGAUAUUGCAAGUUCACUCCAAACAAAAAUCAGAAAAUGACACGUGAUUCUAUUGGAUAUUCUGACAAAUAUACAGAUAAUGUCUAUGAAUACAGGCAUGUAAUUUUACCUAGUGAUAUAGCAGAGCUAGUUCCUCGAAAUCACUUAAUGACGGAAACUGAGUGGCGCAAUCUUGGUGUUCAACAAUCCCCUUUGUGGGUACAUUAUAUGGUCCAUAAUCCAGAACCUCACAUUUUGUUGUUCAGGAGAAAAUUGACUGAAGAAGAAAAAGAGAGACUUGCCACUAAUGCUGAAUAAUUAAGGGAAGGCAGUUUUUUUCCCCCAAGAAAAAUAUUUGAUAAGUUGAAUGGAAUUUAUAUUAGCAUUUUUAUAUACAUACUGUAUUUCUUAUCUACAUUUGUACAUAAUUCAAUAUUUUAUUUUGUAAAAGGAAAUAAAAAAUACUCUUCAUUUCUGUGUA